AUGCCGCGUGAGCGCCAAUACGAAUUCUUCGUUACAACAAAGGAGCCCCACCAGCUCGAAGGUCAAGACCGCGGCCGCAUCCGUAGCGUUGUAAUGAAAAACUUUUUCGAGGCGCAAUGGUGUGGAGGAUAUACUAAGUCGGAGAACCAUUCGAAAGAGACGGUGCAGAGAAAGACGAAUUUGAAAUCGAGAUUCAGACUGCCGAAGCCAGGACCGCGGGACAAGAAAACGGGUUCGCAGACUUCAUCAGAAGACUCACCGAAGGGGAUUGAACACAGCACCUCGAGUGGACCCAACACACCUCGUGAGAACAGAGGGACCCCACGCAGAAUGAGGGCAAAGUUCAUGCUAAAAAUUAAUCCGGGCGCUCACCUUUUCGACCCGUUCGAUGUAUUACCCGUUCCGGGAACGUGGCAACUGAAUGUUCUCGUGAAGCUAUACAAAUCCGGCAGCGGAAUCAACUCGGUAGCCAUCAACGCACGCAACUCGUGGUGGUCCUUCAUCAGCAACGAUGCUGGACUGUUGCAUGCAACUCUAGCGACCUGGGCGCUAUAUGGAAUCCUCAUUCGAGGGAUGUAUGAUCUUCAAGUCGAAACGAUAAGACACAAGAACGAAGCUAUCAAAGAGAUCAACAACAAGAUCGGCAGUCCUGGAGGAAAGAUCUCGGACGAGCUGGUGGGCACUGUGGCGACACUCGCCAGCUGCGAGAACCUUCUCGGCGCCUACGAUGCCGCGCAGCUUCACAUUGCUGCAUUGAAGCGCAUGGUCGAUGCGCGUGGCGGACUGUUUGCCUUUGGCCACAAUGACGGGCUGAUGAGGGGAAUUUUGUGGGUCGACAUUCACACCGCGACUGCCUUCCGCACACCUCCAAGCUUCCCGAAAGUAUACCUCGAUCCAGACACACCUCCACUCCCAGAGGAGCUUCUCGAAGAGGCUGCCUACACCUCCCCAACGUGCCUUCUUGGCCUCUCGCUAGCUGGCAUCGAGUGCUUCAACAUUUUCUACCGACUGCACCGGCUCGCUCUUGCCGUAUCACCUAGAUGGAUGAGGAGCGUGAGCCGGCUGACCUUCAGCAAUCUACUUUACGAAACGGAGUACAUGCAACUUUGGGUACCAGACUACUCGCGCGACUUCCUAGACUUCGAUUUGGACUCCAACGAUGAAGGUGGCGAGGCUCUCGCAGAAGGAGCAGCUCUUGCUGAUUCGGCAAGUGUUGUCGAGGCACUGCUUGCAGCAUCGCAGAUCUUCAUCUACGUAGCUUUGAGAGAGAUACCUCCCAAGGCGAGGCUGUUCAGCAUCCUGCUGGAGCGAUUGCGUGUGGCGCUUGACCGGCCGAACAUCAAGACAGUCAGCGUCUGGGAGAAAGCAAGCAACUUGCAGAUGCUGCUCUGGGUGCUGGUUGUUGCUAGUUCAGCAGCACCAGCAGGGGGUGGUAGGGAGUGGUGGGUUCAUCGGCUCGCCGAUGUUGUGGAGGAGCUGGGGGUGCGGGAUAGAAGAGAGCUCCAGGAGAUGUUGGAGAAGGUGGCUUGGACGGAUGUUUUCUUUGGGAGUGUACUGGGAGACGUGUGGCAGGGCGUGGAUGAAUGCGGGCACGCAAUUGAACGGGGACAGGGUUUUUCGAUGCAGGGUCCAGCAAGCCCAUGA